AUGUCUAGUCUCCCAAGAAGCAUACGGCGAAAUGCCCUGGCUAAAAUCGCUGAACUCUCUGCGACGUCAUCAACUGGAAAUUUUGAGGGUUCUGAUAUUGAGAGGCUCUGUCGUGUUUCUCCUGGUAACAAUAAGUUAUCUGGGCGUGUGAAUGGAAGCAACAAUGAUUCGCCGGGCUCGUUGGCGGGCUCUCCUAUGAACAUUAGGGAAUUUGAAGUACUUCUGGCUUUGUGUAGAGCAGCCCCUCUGAUCGAUAAUACAUACAGCGCGGAGAAGCUUACCAGUCAGUUGGGCCCAUACGUUCUUGAGGCGCAUACACAAUUGUUUGUGCAAUCGCCCCUUUUUCGCGCGAUUGAACCAUCACCCGUCGAGGCACUGAGCUACAACCUUACCACCGCCCUUCUCUCCAUUGGUAUCAAACAUGGCCACCUACAAAAGCUCAUCUCCGAAAAGCUAUCGAUAUACCUAGACAACUGUGUACAUGCCAGCGAAACUGCUACGGAAAAUCGAGGAGUUAGCUCAGAGUAUGCUACAGAGAUUGAGGAAGCAAUCCACGUUGCAACUGUAACGAUAUCCCUUUUGGGAUUCUUAGAUGCAGUAGCUUCUUUGGUCAAUUUCUGGAGCGCAAAGGAGAGAUUGGACUUAUGUGAACGUGUCAAGGCUAUUUUGUCAGAAGGAUUUUUGGUGGCGGUAGAGACCGCUUUCUCGACUAUUCGUAAUACCCAUCUCCAGAGCAGUCACGUAAGAGAGUGGAAGAGAUAUGUCCGCCAUUAUGCAGCUAUUGGCCGCCCAUUGGGUGCUAUGCUUCUACAACGGAGUUUUAUGUGGCUGCUCGUUGCAGGGUCAUCGCUUCUACUUGUUGAUGUCGAGAACCUUAAAGACAAAGAUGUUUUGAGCGUAUUAAUGUCACGUCUUGAGGAUUCGAGACCCAACACUCCUCGUAAUGAGGAAGUUGAUUUUGAGACGGUUAACACGUUGGCAAAUAUUGCUUCGAAUGAAAUAAGUCUUCUCGAAGACGGCGCAGAUUACCUUCGUUUGGGUUCUGCUUGGCAGCAAAGACUUGCAUUUUCCGUCAAAGCAAGUGCUUUAACUACCUAUAUGAAUUGCGCAAUGUUGAGUGUAAGUGAUGAUGAAGUUGAACCUGAAACAUUGAUGUCCUGGCUUGAAGAUACUUUGGCGGAUCCUGUGCAAAUGGCCGAUGAUACAUUGGCAAAUGUUGUCCUUCGAUCAAUGGCCUUGGUCUCCAAACUCGCUCCUCAAUUAGCUCCAGAAGUCAGCCGCCUACUCCCACGAUUCAUCGUCCAGGGUAAUCCGCAAGGGAAUACAAACGCGAUCGCCUCUGCCUGUCUCGCAUAUGUUCUGAAUAAUCUAUCCCAGGAUGCCAUCAUAACUACCCUUUAUACGUUAGGAAAUGUUUUGAACUCUGGUGCAACCCAUCCAGAAAAACAUACUUCUGUACCCAAUGGAGAUUUGGCUUUGGAUGGAGCUGCACAGUCAACUCUUUAUGGAAAGAAUUCUAAUGGAAGUUCCAUAUCCUUGGAGAUCUUCACAGAAGAGGAAACAUCUACUGUAUAUGGCAACGUCGUACAAGCUAUAUGUGCUAUUGCUCAGAAUUGCCAAGACUCUAAAAUUAUUGCUUUGGCUCAAUCUAUGCUUCUGCAAAAGAUCGACAAAAUCAACCAAUUAAUCGAUGCUCGUAUUAUCACGGCGGCAGCAGAAUUAUCAUUACAUGGAGGGCCUUUGGAAUUCCGAUCGUUACUCAAACUUUAUAGCAAAAUCACUCAUCUGGGUGUCAUGAAAAAUAAUGAAAUUAUACUUCAUGCUGUGAUGAAAGGGCGAAACCUCCUAUCUUCUCGUCUGCAAAAAGACGCCCCUUUGUAUGACAUAUAUUUUGAGAACUUGCUAGAGGAUAUUAUUAGCAGAGGAGAUGUUCACCAAGGGCAGAAUACACGCGAAGGUGACGUAGAAGCUGCAGCCAAAGAGAUUGCGCAACUCGAGGAGAUGUCAUCUUUAGUACGGGAUGCUUGGUUCAACAUUGUUGUCCAUGGCUUUACUACCAACACUGAGCGCGGUCAGCUGCAUCUGAAAGAAUUACGUAUCUUGGCGAUCCAUUCGAAACCUCUUGUUGCCGAGCAGCGAGGUGAGCAGGUGGAGAGUGAUAUUGAAUUAAAUACAGUAUUACGCCGAGGAAUCAGUCAAGAUCACGAAACUACACAGAAAAAACGACUCACAGCCCUUCUUCCUAGUAAAGCUAGAGAAAUCGGUGCUCUUACUUAUCGUAAAGUCAUCUUCCUCCAAGCUGCCUAUUUAGUUGAAACGCUACGGGCUGAUGCAGGCGAUUGCAGCAAAGCGUUAACUUACUUCCUUGAGCCUAGCAUGCGUAGAGGUGAAAUGAGCAGCACGAUGGAAAGUGUCACAGCUGCUGUUAUGGACACUUAUUUACGCAAAUCUUUGACAGGCCUAAACCCAACCUUUUCAGCUCCGUACGUUGCUAAACAACUAGCCUCAAUAUUUACUGGUUGUUGCUAUCGAAUCGAAAGGGUCCAGCAAGCUGCCAUGAAUUGCGCAGACAGGAUAAUUCGAGAUGUGCCAUCUGCUCUGUGUCAAAAAUCCUCUUUGUUUGCACUUCUUGAACUUUUGUCACUCCUGUGGGUAAGUUGUUUAGAAGCCGAAACCGAUGAAUAUGGGUUGAGGUCUUCAUUCACUUCCGCCAAAGGGCAUAUAACUAUCGAAUUGUCUGAUGAUUAUGGUCUCCGUCGCCGCACCCUUGAUGCCUUAUACAGGAAGGCUAAAGGCUGGGUCACAGCAGUGAUUAAUAUUGCUCCUGCGAAUGUGAAGGGUUUACUUCAGACAUACCUCUCAGAAUAUGACGAUGAAGGAGCUUAUGGUCAUAUCUCCCUCGGACGGUCGUUUGCUUCAGAGAUGGGAGCAGUCAUUCCAAGUAUGGACCAAAGGCUUGAGGCAAUCGAUCGCCACGGGGAGUGCAAUAUCAAUACGGCCUCUGAUUUCAUUGCUCAAUAUACUACAAGGCAAGAGUACCGAUAUGCAGAAACUCUUCCUGAUCACAACGCUGAAUGGCUGCGCUCCAUGCAUCUCGACGAACAUAGACCUUCGAUCACGUCGAAGACUGACAAGGAUUGUAACGAUGCAGUAUCACUUCUAUCCAAACUUGAAGCACAAAUUCACGCAAAGAAACACAUAGCAAUUAACGAGAUCCGCGAUGUGCUGAGAAGAGCUGCUGCUUUGCUUUGCCGAAGUGACAAAGAUGAAUGUGCUAUCAUCCGCUAUCUUGUUUCCAUACCUUUCGCUAUUUUUACCAAGCAGUCGAUUAAACUUGGAGGAUCUUUGUGGUUUGGCGUUAUCAACGAAAAUCCUAGUAUGGAACCUAGGAUUCUGAUGGAAAUCGCUCAACAAUGGGAAUUGACCUCACAUCGAAAAAUUGGAAUUUUCAAUGGCAUGUUCAUCCAUCAAGAUCCUUUCUAUAUAAAGGAGGAGUUCGCACCUAGCGAUAGGAAAGUACUGGCCAAAAAGCAACAGGCUGUCAACAAUAUGCUCGCUCCCCAUACGCGACUUCUACAGCUCCUCAGCAGCCAUUUCAACGCGACUCGCCUUGGCAGCCCACAUACCGAGAAGACAUUUUUGAGAAUCCUGGAAAUGACACUGGAUAGCUUGAAACACUCCACUGGGCACCCGCUUGCUCGAGAGAUAAGAUUUCAGAUCGUCCUGUUCGGCUUAAGAGUCCUGAGACACACCACUACCCUUGAUCUCCCCUCGAAAUGUAGAUUAAAGGACAAGAUUCUCUCUGCUGCCCUUAGUUGGUUCACAUUUGCCCCUCGCUGGUCAUUUGGUGGCAACCGUCUGCAAUUGAAAGCCGAAACUCGCUUGUUGAAUGAUGUCGUUCUAGCUUUCAAAAGCGUAACCAUGACAGGCUCCAAGCCCACAGCUAUGCUUCAAUUGAUGCAAGCAAAGGAGGAGCUUCUCCAUAUAUUAAUAGAGAGUGAACAGAUAAGAUUGAAUGUUUGGCUUGAUCCUUUACGUCAAGGUCGUGAUAUCCAGGUUCCAGCUCCUGCUAAAGUUCCUAACGAUGCAGCGCUACUUCCUCUGGUGAAAACUGCCUGGAACGAAAGCCCAUCUUUGGCGAUUCAACUUGUUUCUAGAUUUCCCUCGGCGAGGUUACACCAGGAUGUUCGCUUACUUCUACUUCAAUUUCCCGACAAAGCAAUAUCGGAGCCUGAAGCAGUCCAUAUAUUGCUUGGCGAUACUUUGCCAUUUGAUGUUGCAUUCCAAAUGAAGUAUCUUUUAUAUUGGGCUCCUGUGAACCCAAUAUCUGCUGUUACAUAUUUCUUACCGUCAUACCGAAACCAUCCCUUCAUCGUUCAGUAUGCUAUGCGGGCGUUGGAGAGUCAUUCUGUUGAUGUCACAUUCUUUUACGUGCCGCAGAUAGUCCAAACCUUGCGCUAUGAUGACCUUGGAUAUGUCGAGCGAUAUAUUGUCGAAACUGCAAAGUUCUCGCAACUUUUUGCGCAUCAAAUUAUUUGGAACAUGAAAGCCAAUGCUUUCAAAGAUGAAGAUUCACAGAUUCCUGAUGUUGUCAAACCUACACUCGACAAAGUUACAAAUCGCAUGAUAGAAUCCUUCUCGGGUGUCGACAAAGCCUUCUAUGAGCGUGAAUUCACAUUUUUUGACGAAGUUACUAGCAUUUCAGGCAAGCUGAAGCCAUACAUCAAAAGACCCAAGCCAGAGAAGAAGCAGAAAAUUGAAGAAGAGUUGCGUAAGAUCAAGGUGGAGAUUGGAGUAUAUCUUCCUAGUAACCCUGAUGGUGUGGUAAUUGGCAUCGAUCGACAAUCUGGAAAGCCCCUGCAAAGUCAUGCCAAAGCACCAUAUAUGGCAACGUUCCGCAUCAAGAAAAGUAUAGGUGCAGACAUGGAAGGCACAGAUGAUAUGCUCGAAGAAACCAAUAAAAACGGAGGCACCCCAAUGGAUAAUUCGAUUGAGAUUUGGCAAUCAGCAAUUUUCAAAGUCGGUGAUGAUUGUCGUCAAGACGUUCUCGCCCUCCAAAUGAUCGCUGCGUUCCGUGGAAUCUUCAAUGACGUUGGCCUCGAUGUUUACGUCUUCCCGUAUCGUGUUACUGCGACAGCGCCUGGUUGUGGUGUCAUUGAUGUUUUGCCAAACUCGAUCUCACGUGAUAUUCUGGGAAGAGAAGCUGUCAAUGGUUUAUAUGAUUAUUUCAUAUCGAAAUAUGGAAAUGAGGACUCUCUCAGGUUUCAAGAAGCGCGUGCCAACUUUGUCAAAAGUAUGGCAGCCUACUCGGUCAUCUCUUUCUUGUUACAAUUCAAGGAUCGACACAAUGGUAACAUUAUGAUUGACGACGCUGGUCACAUUCUACACAUCGAUUUUGGAUUCUGCUUUGACAUUGCCCCUGGAGGUGUCAAAUUUGAAAGGGCGCCAUUCAAGCUUACAACGGAGAUGGUGGCUGUGAUGGGAGGAAGUACUGAACAUCAGGCAUUUAAAUGGUUCGAGGAAUUAUGCGUAAAGGCUUACUUGGCCUCUCGUCCUUAUACAGAGAAGCUGUCGCAACUCGUUAUGCUCAUGAUGGAUUCUGGUCUUCCUUGCUUCAAGCCUGAGUCUAUUCAACAUUUCAGGGAUAGAUUUGUGUUGGAAAAGACGGAGGCUGAGGCUGCGGUAUUCAUGAGAGGUUUGGUAAAGAGGAGUUAUGGAAGUUAUUCGACUGGAGUCUAUGAUCAGUUCCAACUUCUGACUAACGGAAUUCCGUACUAG